AAGGUGAAGUAAUUGAUAUAACACAGUCAAUUACAGUUUUCUGCCACUAGAUGCUGCUGUUGCACACAUUUUUGGCCUUUUUAAACUUUUAAAUGUCCCGUAAAUUAACCACUUUUAAAAUUGUGUUUGGCUUAAUUUUUUGAGUGUUGUGUAUUUUCUUGGUGUGUGGAUUGAGUUUAAAAAAGUUACAUAUCUUGUAACAUUUGUUUAAAUAUCUUGCAUUUGGUAACAUUUAUCAGUGUGCAUAUGUCACUGUAUUUUAGUUUUGCUGCACUUUUAAAACAUGUUUUUUUUUUUUCUAUCAGGGUCUGGUUUGAGGUGAAACAGAUGUAGAGAGUUGGGGUCCCUCUCCUGAUGAUUGGUGAUAUUGUUUUUGGAGGCCAUGAUGCCAAAGUGAGUAGAAACAUUUAGAAAAAAGAGAAAGAAACAAGAAAUUGUGCCAUAUUUGGCCACUGGCACCAACAAUGACCUGCUGACGGUAAAGACCAUGGCUGAUUUUAGAGUAAUGGCAACUGUGGCUUCUUUUUCAUUCACAUUUUCCCCAAAAUGCACCUUCACAGGAACAUCGAUAUAGACAGUUUGCGUUGAGUUAUUUGCUGUUGUGUUUUAGUUAAUUUUCGGUAUGGAUCUGACACAGUGCCUACCAAAUUCCACCAGACUCCCCCUGUCAUUAACACUCUUUUUCUCAAGCUUCUGUUUAUGUCACCACACGCUUUUCCUACCGUCUGACCGCAAUAAGACCCACGUGAUUAGAGAGACUCAAAGCCGUUCCUGCCCUGGGGGGACAUUGGAAAAUAGUCACCAUUUGAGAAGAAAAGAUGAAAUAUAGAAUAAAAAAGUGUUUUGUACAGAAAUAUAUUUUUAUGAUGAAAUUAUUUGUAAAAUGUAUGAAUCUAUUAUGUAAAUUUUCAAUGCAAUGUAAGAUUAAAAAAGGCUAAUUGCUUUUGUAAAAAACAAAAACAAAAAAAAACAAAAAACGUUUUUUCCUGUCUUCAUAUUUGCUGACUGUUGUUUUAAAGAACCACAUGGGAAUGUGCAUAGAGAAGGUAAGUCGGGUUAACAAUUGUUGGGUUAAAGAAGAUGUUUUUAUGUGAAACUAAACUCAUUUUGACAUAUACUCGUUUUGACAUAUUCUUCUAUUGUAAUCUGUAUUUAAAUACAACAUUUUCUGUGCAGUAUUUGGCUUGUGAAUGCACGUGUGAAGUAUGCAAUAGUGGCCACGUGAAGAACAGUAAGAAAACGCACAGGUAUGAGAAGUAUAACAGUAUUACACUGUAUAGUCACUAUGGUGCGUUUACGUAACAUCGGAAAUAUUAUCAUUGUGAGACACUUCAAGUGCAGAUAGGGAUUUAAACUUUGGAACUUGCCACAAUAUUUGUAAUUUAGAGGUACUAACAUUAAUAUAGCUAAUAGUCACAUGAUCAUUUUGUUCAUUUGUAAAAUAAUUUUGUAAUAAUACUGUUGUCCAGCAUCAGAAUCACUUGAACUGACUUGGUGAUAUGGCAUUAAACACCGAAUGGGACGCGAAGGCAGCGUCAUUGUAACAGGUGUUUUCAAUGGUCAAAUUAGCCUCUUACGUCAUACUGAAUUUUCCAGAAGUUUCACCGCACGUCAUUACAGGUAUUUUUAUUAAACAACUGUCACUAAACGUCAAAAAGCCACCGGGUCGGCGCCAUUUUGAAACGUCGUAGACGUAAACAUCCCUUACUGUGUUUAAGGAAGACGGAUAUGGAGCCUUUACUUUCAAAAGAGAGAAGAUAAAGGGAUCCACUAAAGAAAAUGACAACCAGCUGGAAAGGUCUCCUGAAGGCUCUGCUGCUUGGUGAGUACACAUAUUUGACAUCACAACAACUGAGUUCUUCUGCUGAUCGCUGGACAAACAACUCUGUGCAAGAGUUCUCUGUGACAUCCAUCAAACCAGGAAGGCCGACGCAGAACAACAGACGUGUCGACGGCAAUACUGUAACUAAAGAGGGGGGGACAGGAAGGCGUCGAAAUGAAAGCCAUCCCAGUGAACAAUUAGAGCAGCAGCAGCGGCAGGAUUGACAGGUAGGCUCUGACUUGUCAGGGUGACGCUUUGGUGAAGGGGUGGAGUAAAAAAAAAAAAAAAAAAAGCUCAGCAGGGCCCGGGGAAAGGCAGCUGGAUGGACGUGUGCUGUCUGUCAGAGGCAGCCUGUCUUGAAGGGAAGUGAAUGUGCGCACAUUUCCCCCUCAGCGUGCGGAGAAAUAAGCAGCAGGAAACGCUCUUUUUGCGCUUCCGACAAUAAACAACAACAGCAACAAAGUGUGUGUGCGCGCGCGCGCGUGUGUGUAUGUGCGGUCGUUGGAGGGCGGGCCUGAUCCGAGCCGUGUUUUCUGAUGACUUUCUGAGAGAUUCGUCAAGUGUCCACACUGACAAUCGCGCCGACACCGCGCGUAUACGUGAGUAUUUUCUCCAUCCACGGGUGCUGGAACACUGAUGCCCACUUGACUGAUUGACACACUCUGACUCCUUCACUCUUAUUCACCGAUCUCCCCCCUCUCAAAGACUGCUGGAAACCGGGAAUCGGGAGCAGCAGCAGCGAGCACCUUGUCGGACGCAGCGAAACGGAGAGAAAGCGCUUGAUCUGGACUCCUCUCCACCAGAGCCGUGACGGGAGGAAGAGGAGAUCCGCUCCUCCGCACAUUUACUACGAUUAGAGGUGUGAAAUAUUUUCACUGAAAUCUUGGACAGAUCGUUUUUUGGGAGGUGAAGGCUGCGCGGCGAUCCUGGCACAGACCGCUCCAUAUUCCUCUUCCCGGAUGGACUGAAAUCCGCACCGAGAUCCCAGCUCUCCCUCCCCGACUGAAAUGAGUUUCCUUCACGGGCAGAAGUUAACGGACCAACCUGAGCAAAUUUAGCUCCAAAUUCAAAACAGUCUCUUAUUGGUCACCAACCAGACAGAGCGAUCUGCAAAGAUGAUCAGAGAAUGACGAUUUAAAGCUUCGCCGGAACAAAAGAAAGAAAAUAAACACUUUCCAUUUUAUUUUUCUGCACUAAAUCAGCCUGUAAUCUGCAGAACUGAAGAGAAAACGCUCCUGGCUUUGAUUUCCUCUCAGGCUUUUCCGAAAUUUGUUUUGAUCUCUGCAUGAAAAGUCAAGCGGAAAGUCCUGCAGCAGCAUGCCGAGGAGAAAGCAGCAAGCGCCGCGACGGUCAUCAGCUUACGGACCUGAAGAUGAAUUCACAGUAGACAAGUUUGAUGAUGAAGAACAUUUGCUGGAUGAUGGCCUCUCAUUGGACGGCCAAGAUACAGACUAUCUGUUUAACGAGGAUGAGGAUGGAAGAAAUCCCUUAAGUUGCCAAAACUCUCCACUCAGCAAUGGCACCAACCCAGAUGCUGGGUACGGCUCCCCACUCAGCACCACCAGUGAUCAACUGGUGGACCUUAAGACCACAUCGUCUUUCAGUGAUGGUCAGGACAAAGGAGAAGAGAAGCUGGAGGAGACCACAGAGUCCACCAAUGGCCUCUCGCUCCAAGACAGUUUGGAGAAAAUGAAAUCAGUCUAUGCAAAUCUGAUCUCUGACGCAUCCUGGUCCAGCAUCGCUUUGGACAUGCUCAAGAGUAAACAAGGGACUCAUUAUGCAGGUGGCAACAGCAUUGGGAGCAAUCACAAAGGGAGCAAUGGAUUUGUGAACAAUCACAGUCCAGGAGAAGUCCCUACAAAAAACAGAUGUAGCAGCAGUAGUAACGCCUCAGCCACUACCAGUACCACCAGCAACACCACCACAAGAACUGUUCCAAGCAGCAGUAGCAGUAACGGAGGCACUAGUGUCAGUUCCGGCAACACAGGGGGUUUAGCCUAUGACUGGCACCAAGCAGCACUGGCCAAAACUCUGCAGCAUACUCCUUACCAACUACUUCCUGAACCAAGCCUUUUCAGCACCGUUCAGCUUUACAGGCAAAACAACAAGCUCUACGGCCCAGUGUUCACGGGGGCAAGCAAGUUCAGAUGCAAGGACUGUAGCGCAGCCUACGACACAUUGGUCGGCCUGACCGUGCAUAUGAAUGAGACGGGCCAUUACCGUGAUGACAAUAAGGACACUGAGGAUGACCGAAGCAAGAAGUGGUCCAAGCCACGCAAGCGAUCCUUGUUAGAGAUGGAGGGCAAAGAAGAUGCUCAAAAAGUCCUCAAAUGCAUGUACUGUGGCCAUUCCUUUGAAUCCCUGCAAGACCUAAGCGUCCACAUGAUUAAAACUAAACACUAUCAGAAAGUGCCUCUAAAAGAACCAAUGCCAGCACUUGCCUCAAAACUGGUCCCUCCAACCAAAAAAAGAGCAUUUCCUGACUUAAUGUCCCCAAGUUCUCCAGAGUCUGUGUCAUCUGGAAUAUUCCUGGGAGAUUCUCCCAAAGACCAAAAGUUGGCCAACCCCUAUGUCACCCCAAACAAUCGAUAUGGUUACCAAAACGGUGCCAGCUACACUUGGCAGUUUGAGGCACGUAAGGCACAAAUUCUGAAAUGCAUGGAAUGUGGUAGUUCCCAUGAUACCUUGCAACAACUGACAGCUCACAUGAUGGUCACAGGACACUUUCUCAAAGUGACCAACUCAGCUUCUAAAAAAGGUAAGCAGUUAGUUUUUGAUCCUAUUGUGGAGGAGAAGAUCCAGUCAAUUCCGUUGCCACCAACUACCACACGACUCCCAGCACCUAAUGGGAAGUCACAGGCUGACUCUCCGUUACAGCCCUCUAGCCCUGAAGAGAGAUAUGAAGAUAAGCAUGACAUAGAGAUGGAGGAUGUGAAAACAGAGCAGAGAGAACCAGAGAAAAAAAUCAAAGAGGAAAAAGAAGAUCCCUCCGAAAAGGCUGAAAAACCUGGAAAGGCGAGAUCUUUUCAGUAUCUGAGAGAGGAAGACUUGGAAGAAACACCCAAAGGUGGUUUGGACAUUCUAAAAUCAUUAGAAAAUACAGUUUCAAGUGCAAUCAGCAAGGCCCAAACAGGUACCCCCACAUGGGGUGGAUACACAAGCAUUCAUGCUGCCUAUCAGCUCCACGGCUCUUUAAAGUCUACCCUGCCGUCCUCCGCACAGGUUCAACCAUUGUUCAGUAGUAACAAUUUGAAAAUGCUGACAUCUGAUUUAGGUUCCCUGAUCCAUUCACCCAAUAGUCCCUCUUCACCUCCAAAUCACAGGAGCAACGUACUGGCCAUGGAGGAACUUGUAGAAAAAGUAACAGGGAAAAGUUCAGUAAAGACAGAAAAAGAUGAGAAACCAGUAGAAAACAGGACCUGGUCCACAAGGUCCCCGUUAUCAAAUCCUAAGGAUAAAGUCACCACAGAAUCAAAGAAAGUAAAAGAGUCCUCAGCAGAGGAAUACACUGAACUGAAAGUUAAAGAGGGAGAGCAGAUCGAAAGCAAAGUUGAAAAGCAGAUUAAGAGUGAAUCAGAUUCACCAAAAAAGCCUGUGAGCAAUGGCUGCUCCAACCUGAGCAUCAUUACAGAUCACUCACCUGAACAGCCACUGGUGAACCCUCUUAGUGCUUUGCAGUCCAUCAUGAACAACCACUUGGGGAAAGCUGCCAAAGUGGCCACACCCUUUGUAGACCCAUUUGCAGUUCUUCAUAAGAUCAACAGCAGCUCUCCUCAGAUCAAAUCUGCUGAGUCCUCAUGUCACUUCUAUACUGAGGAUGAAGAUGAUCAACCAAUGGACCUGACAAAAUCCAAAAACAAAAAUGGAAGCACAGCAAAAGGUGCCUGUGCCACAUUAAACAAUAACAACAUGAGCAACAACAAACUAGCUUCUCGGCCGUUCUCUCAGUCUUCAUCUCCACCUCUGCGGGAAAACGCUUUAAUGGACAUUUCAGAUAUGGUGAAAAAUCUGACCGGACGUUUGACGCCUAAGUCUACGACACCAUCUUCCAUUUCUGAAAAGUCGGACAUUGAUAGCUGUACUUUUGAGGAUGGCCUGGAAGAACUCUCUCCCAUUCAGAGACGGAAAGGCAGACAAUCCAACUGGAAUCCUCAACAUCUUCUGAUUCUUCAGGCCCAGUUUGUCUCCAGUCUUAAAGAGACGCCUGAUGGAAAGUUUGUAAUUAAUGACUUGGGACCUCAGGAACGAGUCCGCAUUUGUAAAUUCACUGGUCUUUCCAUGACUACUAUCUCUCAUUGGCUGGCCAAUGUCAAAUAUCAGUUGAAACGGACUGGGGGCACAAAGUUCCUCAAGAACAUUGACUCCGGCCAGCCCCUGUUUUUGUGUAGUGACUGUGCUUCCCAGUUUAGGACUCCUUCUUCCUAUAUCCACCAUCUAGAGUCACAUCUUGGGUUUAAACUAAAGGACCUCUCAAAGCUAAACAUAGACUUGUUAGAGCAGCAAGCCGUGAGCAGAACAGAGGAGAAGACGUUCAUUCCCUCUGGACUCCCAGAAGACGACACUGGCUCAGUAAAUCAGUGCAAACUGUGCAGUCGGACAUUUGCCAGCAAACACGCAAUCAAAUUGCAUCUGUGCAAAACACACGGGAAGUCACCAGAGGACCAUCUCAUCUUUGUGAAGGAGCUGGAAAAGUUUGACAAACAGUAAAGUCAGAUACAGCCGGAAGAAGGAUUACUGUUGCACUAUAAACUUUUAGCCACAAUCUGUCAUGACUGAUAGUGCCACAUGGGGCUGUCACUCUUACCAAAGUUUGAAUAUCUGUUCCAGUGCAGUGGUAGAACUUUAACUUUGAGUGUUUAAACCAUGUUCAAGUACACCUGUAGUUGGUGUCUGAUCAGCAGAGGGCGCUUUAAACAUAGAACCUUCGAAAUCCUGCUUUGCUGCUUGGGCUGACAAAUACAAAGCAGAUGUUUCAGCAGAAUGGUCAGUCCUGUACAGCAAACGAUGUUGACACUAAAUUUCCCUAAUGAGAAGAUUUAUUUCAGCUAAAAAGUUGUUCAAAACAAUUUAAAAAAAGUACAGUUUCGUCAUCUGAAGGCAGUUUGUUGCUCUCUCGUUUGGCACUUUGCUUAAGCAGAUUCUGGCAGAACGUACGUAUCUUAGUAUCUAUCUCUGGUGUGACCAAUUCAAAUAGUUCUGCCUGCCUACUAUUGAUACCACCGUGCCUGAGAAGUAAUUUAGGUAAGUAAUGUUAGACCUGCGGUAAUAGUGACAGCCCUAUGCCACAAAUGGGUUCAACAAUUUUGAAUGUUUGGUAAGAGAAAAGUACCAGACUGGUGCAGCAGUCACUGGCACUAUGUGAUCAUUGACUCAUUGUUGCAUCUGUAAUGCACUGCAUCUUUUCUGAGCCGUUGAGGAAAGAGGAUCUGUCGCUAUAGAACUGGACCACGCCCUUAUUUCAAUCACCGGAUUUUUAAGACGAUAGUAUUUCAACACAAAUUGCGUAUUAUUUAUGGAACAGUUUGUGCAUGUCUUUAUGUAAAGCAGUGAGCAUAUUAUGUCAGAUAAUAAAAUUGGAACCUGAUUGUGGAGGUGUGAAAGUUCAUUAGAACACAGGAAGCACUCUCUAACGUGACGUCAGGGAACCUGACGUGGAUGAAAUGAAGAUGUUUGGAUCCAAACAACAGCACAUGACCAUUUAUAAUGAUAAAUAUCUGUGAAUAUUACGGCAGUUUAAGGACCGACUAUGAUGUUACUUUGCGUUUGCCAUCGAAUCAGACACAGAAUGUCUCCUAAAACGUCCAAAACCAUGGUUUCUCUGGAGAAAUUGAAUUUCUCUGUCAUUUUACCGUGUACAGUAUUUGCAUUAAUAGGCUAACACUUUUAUUAAUAUGAAGUUAUUGUAAAAAAAAAAAGAAGUUUAAAACUUAUAUAAAUAAUCAGCAAGUAUGUAUAAAUGUACUGUAUGUGGGGAUAUCUUGCUCCUUACGGUUUGACAUUAUUUGUACUGUGUGCAUUUUUCUAAUGUUAUUUUCUAGAACAAAUGCGGGGUGGGGGGGUGUAAAAAGCUAAGCAGAGUAUUGUUGGACCGUGACGCCCCAUUUUUUUCAGUGAAAGGUAGGUCCUUUAAUGUGGUUUACACAAAAUGACACGUUACUGGCAUCUGCUCUGAUGCAUGGUACUGUACAUAACACUGAAAAAAAAUCACAUAAUGAGAUAUUUCCAGGUUUUUGUCAUUCACCCAGUUAUUCAGAUUUACUUCUUCUUCUUUUUUUUUUUCUUUUUUUUUUUGUUUCGUUGUACAAUAAACAUGUCCUGGAUUAAACUGUGGUGUCAUUUGAGUGAUUGUGGGAGAAUGUUUGGGUAUUUUACUGUCUACAGUUAAUAAAAUAACAACCACAACCAUGUGGGCUGUGAACUAGUUUGUGUCAAUUUUAGGGAGUGAAGGAUUAAAUGUCAGAUUUUUGUUUUGUGCCUCUUUCUACAGUCCAGAUGGAUUUCCUAAUAAAGGUGUCUGAAGCAUCAUGGAGAGUAGCAUCAGUCAAAGGGCAAACGUCUGUAGAUCAGGACUUAGUGCUGCGACACCUGGCUUUAAGGCCACGACCACAUCCUAAGGAAUGACAGAAGCUUUUUGGCCUGUUUUCACUUCGCUUGGAUUGAGUGGCUGCUCUUCUCUGGUGGACGACACACAGACACAAGUAAAAGAUGAAGCGACCUUCAGGAACAUGGAGAUGACAAGCAUGACCAGAGCCGUGUGGUAGAGAGGGAUCCAAGAGCCCGGCCUGAGGGGCCCUCAGUAGAUCGGACGUACGCUCUGAGCGUCUGUGGUCAGUGAGGAGGUGCAGUAAGGAGGUGCUCUCUGUUUGACUUUGUCCUCCAGAUGUCUUCAGUGAACUCCAGAUGAUCUCCAACAUUGUCUCCUGCUCUCAUCCCUCUUCAUUCCCACUAACAAUUAGGAGCCGGAGCAGGAAGACAUUACUGUGUGUUAAUCUGAUGGAUAUGCUGUCGUCUGCUUCUCUACCCCAACUGACUGAGUCCAUCUUUUACCCAGUGAGAGAAAAGCAGUGUGUCUGAAGAAACCCACCUGACACACACUCAGGAAAUAUUGGAGAAAGUCCAUGGAUAAAGGUCUCUACACGUCAUACCUGUGGACCUCAGAUGUCAUAACAGUGAUCUUCUCGCUGGAAUCCAGCAGAGACUCCAGGGAAGUCGCUCUUCCAGGCUAAUAAUAUCCCAGCGUGCAAAAAAGAGCCCCGACCUCAAAUUUCAGUUGUUGUGCAAAGCUUCAGUCAGCCAAGGCGUCGCUCGCUGUCCUCCAGCCGGUUCUGGUACUGCUGCAGGAUCUUGCUGGUCUGCUGCUCCUGGGACAUAAGUCUCUGCUCGUACUCCUCCAGCUUUCUGUGCGACAUCUUCAGCCGCUCUUUCAGUGAAUGGAUCUCCUCUUCGUAUUCCUUCACCUGAAAGACGUGGAGAGCAAGGAAAAGCAGUGGAAGUGCUAACCCUCUCUAAUCGUGACUCAUCCAUGCUCUUGGAGUACUCCUUCAGCUGACCCUCACGGUCCGGCCGCAGGCUCUCGAUGUCUGCAGAGAGGUGUGGCAUGUUUGACACCCAGGCCACCGUCCUUUCGUUGAGGGCCGUCGUGGUCAAGUUGGACUGAGAACCCUGAGAAGGACAAGUGAUGCUCGGGGGCGAGGAGGAGUUGAGAAGGAGGAGCCUGAGGCUGAGCUGGGGAGUUCUGGGUGGCCAGAUGGAACAGUGGAUUCUGGAAAGACAGGGGGAAGUGCAUGGCUGCUGCUGCCUGCUGUUGCUGUUGAGAGAUGGACUCCGUGGGCCCCCCGAGGUGACCCAUCUGACUCAGCCUCAAAGCAGAACCCGCGGAGUUUGUGGGCAUAUGCCGAAGAGGAGCACCAAGGUUUCCGAAGCUGUGGCCCAGGCCAGCGAUGGAGGCCUGAGAGGAAGUUCAGUGAUGUCUGAGCCACUUGUGCAGUAUGCAGGACUGGAACGGGCCAAUGGUGGACGGGUCACGUAGAAAACUUCCCUGGACGGGCGAAGGUCCCGUUCAGCAUGACGCCUCAUGUUUAGAUUGGACGAGAGGGACUCUACAGCUGACACUCCAGUAGUAGGUGAUGGCAGGCGUGAGAUGUCUAUUGAACUACAUCCAGCAAACAGAAAUGUAGUUAAUAUGUGUUACAGUACCAUCUCAACCUUGUAAAU